UGGCCACCUGCACUUCUGACAUGGAGAGUCACGUGAUCUUGAAAAAAUAUGGCCGAUGGACACGCAUCCUUUUCUAACCGGGUGCAAACAAUAUGACCGAAAAACGACAAGCUAAGGAUAUGUUUUUAACUCGAGCCCUCGAGAAAAUACUCGCGGACAAAGAGAUCAAGAAGCCAUACCAUUCUCAAUUGAAGAAAGCUUGUGUUGUUGCACUUGAUGAAAUAAAGGCUGAGUUGAAUAAUCAGAGUCAAACACAAGGAGGGACAUCUGCAGCAUUACCAUUACCAAAAUCUAAUGCUGGUUUUGUUGAAGCUGACAAGUACUUUUUACCAUUUGAACUAGCGUGCCAGUCAAAAUGUUCAAGGAUAGUAAAUACUGCAUUAGACUGUUUACAAAAAUUAAUAGCUUAUGGCCACUUAGUUGGGAAUGCCCCAGACAGCACUACCCCAGGCAAGAGGCUGAUUGAUAGGAUUGUAGAAACCAUCUGUAGUUGCUUUAAUGGACCACAGACUGAUGAAGGGGUGCAACUGCAAAUUAUCAAGGCUCUUCUAACCAUAGUCACUUCCAGUACAUGUGAAAUCCAUGAAGGCACAGUCCUGCAAACAGUGCGGACAUGCUACAAUAUUUUCCUAGCAAGCAAGAAUUUAAUCAAUCAAACCACUGCCAAGGCCACUCUCACACAAAUGCUCAAUGUCAUCUUCUCACGAAUGGAAAACCAGGCUGCAGAUGAGCAGCAGGAGAAAGAAGGUCAGAGUGCCAGACCAAAGGAGGAAGAAGUGUGCCAAAGAGAAGAAGAGGAAAGGCCACCCAGUGCUGUUUCAGGUCAACAAGGAGAAGAUAGUGAGGGAUUGUCAACACCAAGAGAUGAUACCGACUCGACACAACCUGAAAAUGGCAGUUCAACACCACAAGAUGGUGGAUCAACUCCUAGGGAAGAUGGAACAUCUACACCAAGGGAGGAAGUGGUAUCAGCACCAUCCACUGAAGCUGAACAGGAAACCGAGGCAACCCCAGAUGAAAUUGCUAAAACCAUUCUAGAGGAGGUUGUUAAUCAAGUUGUGGCAAAACUGGGUAAUGAAAAACCAACACCUAAGCCAGUGGAAAAUGGUGUUGGACAAAGUCCUGUCCAACCUGACAAACCAGCUACAACUCCAACAGGUUCUCAUUCUGAUGAAACAGAACCACAUGAACCCCCAGGUGGUGCUUUCUCCCAUAUCCUGCAAAAGGAUGCAUUCCUUGUAUUUAGGAGUUUGUGCAAACUUUCCAUGAAACCCUUAUCAGAUGGACCACCUGAUCCCAAGUCCCAUGAACUGAGGUCCAAGAUUUUGUCCCUGCAGCUUCUUCUGUCAAUCCUGCAGAAUGCUGGGCCAGUCUUCAGAACCAAUGAAGUCUUCAGCAAUGCAAUUAAACAGUAUCUGUGUGUGGCUCUGUCCAAGAAUGGGGUGUCUUCUGUGCCAGAAGUCUUUGAACUGUCAUUGUCCAUUUUCCUGACACUUCUGUCCAAUUUUAAGCAACAUUUGAAGAUGCAGAUUGAGGUUUUCUUCAAGGAAAUAUUUUUAUAUAUUCUUGAAACACCAAGCAGCUCAUUUGAGCACAAGUGGAUGGUGAUCCAGGCUCUUACCAGGAUAUGUGCAGAUGCUCAGUGUGUUGUUGAUAUCUAUGUGAACUAUGACUGUGAUUUGGCUGCUGCCAACAUUUUUGACAGACUGACCAAUGAUUUGUCCAAGAUUGCUGUUGGCAGGCAUGCUCUAGAAUUAGGUGCUACUCCCAACCAGGAGAAGAGUAUGAGGAUAAAAGGCUUGGAGUGCUUGGUGUCUAUACAGAAAUGUAUGGUGGAGUGGAGUAAAGACCUGUAUGUCAACCCACAUUCCCAGUCCAACUUAACACAAGAGAACAAACCCAGUGGUGAGAGUGACAAUGACUCUGGUAAGGGUACUAUGACAAGUUAUGACAGCACUAACUCCCUGGCCUCCAGUAACUCUGGUCUCCACCUCAGCACCACAGCUCUGGACAACCCAGAGCAGUUUGAGGUGAUGAAGCAACAGAAAGAGCUGUGGGAGCAUGGAAUUGAACUGUUUAACAAAAAACCAGCCAAAGGCAUUGCAUAUUUACAAGAACAGGGAUUACUUGGAAAGUCAGCAUCUGAUGUGGCUGAAUUCUUUGCAACAGAUGAAAGAUUAGACAAAACUGCUAUUGGAGAUUUCAUGGGAGAAAAUGAAAAAUGUCACAAAGAGGUGAUGUACGCCUAUGUGGACCUGAUGGACUUUCAAGGCAUGCAGUUUGUACCUGCUCUGAGGAAGUUUCUGGCAGGUUUCAGGCUUCCAGGAGAGGCACAGAAGAUUGACAGACUGAUGGAGAAAUUUGCUGCCAGAUACUGUGAAUGUAACCCCAAUGACUCUGUAUUUGCCAGUGCUGACACUGCCUAUGUUUUGGCGUAUUCUGUUAUUAUGCUCACUACCGAUUUGCACAGUUCACAGGUUAAGAGUAAGAUGACAAAGGAGCAGUACAUUAGGAUGAACAGAGGCAUAAACGACAGCAAAGAUUUGCCUGAAGAAUUUUUGACCACUAUUUAUGAUGAGAUUGCUGGCAAUGAAAUCAAAAUGAAAAACAAACCAGGAAAGAGUUCAGCAUCUACUGUAGAUUUGGCAAACGAGAAGAGAAGAAAGUUGUUAUACAAUAUGGAGAUGGAGCACAUGGCCUCUGCAGCUAAAGCUCUGAUGGAAAGUGUCAGCCACGUUCAAGCAAGUUUUACUAUGGCUCAGCAUGUGGAACAUGUGAGGCCCAUGUUUAAGCUUGCUUGGACGCCAUUCCUGGCUGCCUUCAGUGUGGGUUUACAAGACUGUGAUGACCAAGAGAUCGCCUUCCUCUGUCUGGAAGGUAUCCGCUGUGCCAUAAGAAUAGCUUGUAUAUUUCACAUGGAGCUAGAGCGUGAUGCUUAUGUCCAGGCAUUGUCCAGGUUCACUCUAUUAACUGCCACCUCCAUAUCUGAGAUGAAAGCCAAGAACAUAGACACCAUCAAGACACUAAUCUCAGUGGCACACACAGAUGGAAACUAUCUGGGAAAAUCUUGGUUGGAGAUCCUUAAAUGUAUCUCCCAAUUGGAGUUAGCCCAGCUAAUAGGCACUGGUGUGAAAACAAAAUUUAUAGGUGCUGCAGGAGAGAGGGGACACAACCUCACACCAGUUGACGCCUUUGAUCCUGAUGCAAUAGUAAGGCAAGGUAUAGACCAGAAAAGAAUGGAUAAGAUUCAGGAGUCGAUGGGAGAAACCAGCUCUCAGAGUGUUGUUGUGGCUGUUGACAGAAUAUUUACUGGUUCGGUCAAGUUGGAUGGAGAUGCAAUUGUGGAGUUUGUGCGUGCCCUGUGUCAGGUGUCCAUGGAGGAGCUGUCUCAUCAUGGUCACCCCAGGAUGUACAGCCUGCAGAAGAUAGUGGAGAUCUCCUACUACAACAUGGGUCGUAUUAGGCUGCAGUGGUCCAGAAUAUGGCAAGUCAUAGGAGACCAUUUUAACAAGGUGGGUUGCAAUCCAAAUGAAGACAUUGCCUUCUUUGCUGUGGACUCCCUUAGGCAACUCUCUAUGAAAUUUUUGGAAAAAGGAGAAUUUGCCAACUUUCACUUUCAAAAAGAUUUCUUGAGACCUUUUGAGCACAUUAUGAAAAAGAACAGGUCUCCCACUAUAAAAGACAUGGUGGUCAGAUGUGUUGCUCAGAUGGUCAACUCUCAGGCAGGAAACAUUAAGUCUGGCUGGAAAAAUAUCUUCAGUGUCUUCCAUCUGGCAGCAUCAGACAUUGAUGAAGGCAUAGUGGAGCUUGCCUUCCAAACCACUGGAAAGAUUAUCUCUAGCAUCUUCGAGAAAUACUUCUCAGCCACAAUUGAUUCAUUCCAAGAUGCUGUGAAAUGUUUGUCAGAAUUUGCCUGCAAUGCCGCAUUCCCUGACACCAGCAUGGAGGCCAUCAGGCUUAUCAGAAACUGUGCUAAAUAUGUGGCAGACAGGCCACAGAGUUUUUGUGAACAUGGUGGAGAUGAGAUCAAUGUUCCAGAAGAAGACCGUGUGUGGGUCAGAGGUUGGUUUCCAAUACUGUUUGAACUGUCUUGUGUCAUCAACAGGUGCAAACUGGAUGUAAGAACCAGAGGGUUGACUGUGAUGUUUGAGAUCAUGAAGACAUAUGGAGAAGAUUUCCAGGAGCACUGGUGGAGGGACCUGUUCAGGGUCAUCUUCAGAAUAUUUGACAACAUGAAACUGCCAGAACAGGCCAGUGAGAAAGCAGAAUGGAUGACCACUACGUGUAACCAUGCCCUGUAUGCCAUCAUAGAUGUCUUCACACAGUACUAUGACAUGUUACAAGGAAUUCUGCUGGAUGAUCUCUACCAGCAGCUGUUCUGGUGUGUCCAGCAAGGUUACAAUAAUAACGAGCAGCUAGCCAGAUCUGGCACCAACUGUUUAGAAAACUUGGUCAUUUCCAAUGGUAUGAAGUUCUCUCCAGCCGUGUGGGAUAACACAUGUGAAUGUAUGCUUAAGAUCUUCAAGGCAACCAUUCCUCAUAGUUUACUCACCUGGAGGCCAGAGGCACCUGACAGUCCAGGAACAAUCAAGGAGGAAACUGAUAUCAGCCUGGACCAGACUAUGGACGUGAGUGGAUUUGAUGAUGACAAAUCACUUUCAAUAGAACGCCCAUUAGGGCAGCAGCAUAGACGUCAAGGCAGCAUGCACAGUAUCAACAGCACCACUUCUCAAGAAUCUAGGGAUCACAAAAUACCCAGGACUAAAGUAGUUGCCCCAGAACAGAAGUUGUUUUCCUACCUGUUGAUCAAGUGUGUUGUGCAGCUAGAGUUGAUACAGACUAUAGACAAUGUGGUGUUCUUCCCCACUACCAGCAGAAAGGAAGAUGCUGAAAACCUGGCUGCUGCACAGGCUGACCUUGAAGGUCAUGCUGCCAGUACAGGUGACCAGACCAUGCAGAAUGAGGACCAAGGCAUGUACCAGUUCCUCAGCACUGAGCAGCUUUUCCUACUCCUAGACUGUCUCAUGGAGUCACACAAUUUUGCCAAAAAAUUUAACUCUGAUCAUGAACAAAGGAACAUCCUGUGGAAAGCUGGUUUCAAGGGAAAGGCAAAGCCCAACUUACUGAAACAGGAAACCCAGAGUUUAGCUUGUGCUCUAAGAAUCCUUUUCAGAAUGAACACUGAUGAAGCCAGAAGACAGUCAUGGUCAAAAGUACAAGAGCGAUUGACUAACAUGUGUAAAGAAGCCAUGCAGUAUUUCCUGUCCCUGCAGUCAGAAAGCCACAGAGAAACUUGGAGUAGUCUGCUGCUCCUCAUCCUCACAAAGACCCUGAAGAUGAAUGAAGAACAGUUCCGAGGCCAUGCAUCGGUGUACUACCCUUACAUCUGUGACAUGCUACUGUUCGAGUUGAAGGGUGAACUGAGGGCACUUGUCAGGAAGUUUUUACUAAGAGUUGGGAGCGUGUUUGCUUUUAGUACAGUACCUACAGUACACUGAAGCACAUUGGACAUUGAGAUAAAAGAGCUUAGCUCAAGAGUACAACCUUAAACUAUGACAGCCAUAUAGUGACCAACAGCCAAUGGGACUUAUUAUACAAGGCAUCUCUUUUUCUUUGAGAAAUGAACAGAUUCCUUUGUUCAGGAAAUCCAUCAGUGGUAUUUUUCAAAAAAUGCUAUGUAUGAACAAUUACAUAUUUUUUAUGAAAAGCCAACACGUAUGAUAUACCAUUACCUAUUUUGUUAUUUCUUAAUUCAUGGGAAAAUGUUCUUGUGAAUAAUAAAAUUUUCAUCUUUCAAUUUUCUAGCUCAUGUGCUGCCAUACUCUGUGUUGGAGUAUUGUCUAGAAAUGAAGCAAAUCUUGUUUUAGUUUGUGUGUCUUGUGAUGCAGUUGUUUGCUAUUUAUUUGAAUGUUUGUGAUGCAAUUGAAUUCUGGGAUAAUUGGUAAAAUCCAAAUAGAGGUAAUCUGACAUUUGUUUAGUGAUUGGAUGUGUACCAACACCUAUACAUUAGUGCAAUUAAGUGUUAUUUGUUAACAGAAAGAUGCAAAUUUUGGGGGAAAUUGAUGCACACUGGAGCAGUAUGAACCAUUUCAGGUGUACUUAGGCACAUGAAGAUUGUACAUAGUAAAAAAAUAAUAAUUGUAAAUAUAUAAUUUGUAUUAAUCAAGAUAACAAGAAAAUUAGUUGUUUUUCUGUUCAUGUUACUCCAGUAGCCUGUUAGCAUACACGACAAAAUGAAUUACAUUUUAGAGAAAAGGGGAAUAUUUAGCUUUACCUUUGCUUAGGUAUCUGAGCACAUUUUGUUCUGGUGAACCAAACGUGAAUAGUCACUGGGCUUAAAGGUGUACAUAGCAUUGAUGGUGUUACAGAUGGUUGUGAAUAACAUAGGGUGAUCUGGAGAUUUUGAAUUAACAUUAUGGAUUGUGAUAUGUUAAUUCUGCUAAAAACUGUAAUUAUACAAGAUGGGAAUAAAAUAUUUGGAUGUACAAGAGAAAAGGGUGUUAGUACUCAUUUCAGGUACAGAAUCUGAAUGAAAUCCUCUCAUGCAUGUCAGAACUUGCAACAAUUAUAAAUAAAGUUAAUUUCAACAAGAAA